CACCCACUCGCCCAUUCACUCACCCACACACUCACUCAACUCACGAUAAUAAAAAAGUUGAGUCGUGAAAGGUGUGGCUCCGAAACUAUGUGUUCAACAAUGGUAACUCACAAGGAAGUAAGUCUAACAUUUUUUAUUUGCAUUCACUGGAUCUGUCACUGCUGAGAUGCUAGCUUAGGGCCAUGUGUCAGGGUGUGAGUCUCUGAAGGGGGUUGGUCCAACAUAGCCGAGUCAGAGAGACACUCACAGAGCCAGCACCAUUGAGAUCGCACGCAGCUCUAGAGUUUCGUCAGAGUUUCGUUGUCGAGACUCCGGCGGCAGCGAGCGAUGGAGCUCACAGUGAAAUUCUUCCGCACGCUCGUCUUCUUUUUGGUCACGUUCUACUUCUCAGAGGUUCUUGUGCAAGCUCCAUCCCUAGAUGACAAGUUUUGCCCCCCAGGGAAAUAUAGCAGCAAGACUGGUGUGUGCUGCAAUAUGUGUAUGGAAGGGACGUUUGUCUUAAGUGAGUGCAAAUCCAGUGGUGAAGAUUCAGUUUGCGGUUCCUGCGUGGAGGGUGAAACGUACACGGAAGAACAAAACCACUUAGCAAACUGCAACGAGUGCAGCUCCUGCAGUGUUGGUGAAGAGGAGGUGCUUCCUUGUAAAAGCACACAUAAUACUGUUUGCCAGUGUAAGGAAGGCUACUGCAGAUCGACAUACUCAGAGAAGUGUGAAAAGACAAUCCCAGGACCAGGUUGGAUGGUGGUUGGUCUAAUUAUGACAUUGAUUUUGAUCAUCAUUUCUUUAAUUCUGCCAUUAUGUUAUUUUUACCGAAAAUGGAGAUGCAAAGUUUUAAAUGGAAGGGAUUAUGAAGAAGUCUCUCUGAUUGAUAGACUUUUCAACGUGAGACACUGGACGUCUAGACAGAAACUGAUUUACAAGAACAUAAAAAGGCUGCAGAGCUCCAUUGGCAAAAACCCUCAACACCUCCUCGAUGAACUGGACAGCCAGGGUACCAUCUCUCACAGCGUCUACCGAGAGGUCCAGGACACUCGCACCAGCUCUGACCGUGCGGCAAAUCUGAUCAAACAAUUUCUGAACCACGGCGAGACGGCCUGCCAGAACCUCUUAGAUGCCCUCCACGCAACCAGAGACAAGUAUCCGGACCUUGCGGACUGGCUGGAUUCCCUCGAACGUAAAUCCAUUGUGGUCGUUGAAGGAAGAAAUAUGCAUCUCGUCCGCAGAAAUAAACUUCAUCUGAAGCGGUGGAUCAGCGAUAACCCAGACUACCUCAUUGAGGAGCUGGAGAAUAAAUUUAUCAUUCAGAAGGACGCCUCCGACGAGGCCAAGAAUCAGCGCAAUUCUUUAGAAGUCACCGGCUUCCUACUCGAUCACAUUAUUAGCUGUGGGGAGGAGAGGUGUCGGGAAUUCCUCGAUGUGCUUAAAACCAUACUCAGGUACCCAAAAGUUAACAAAUGGAUGAGCAUCCUGGAAAUGGAGGCGGAUCUUUACAAAGAAGAGAAUAGUUUGAAUCAAGUUGAGAAGGCGAGGAUUGUGGUCGUUGACGGCAAUGCGCUAUACAUGAUCCGUGGCAAAAAGCCUGAACUGAAGAAGUGGAUUGCCAGUAACAGCUCCUCAUUUACUUUACUGGACAAGCUGAAGACGAGGCGACACAUCUCAGAGCACAUCCACUCCAAAGCUGCGGGGAUGGUCACAAUGGAACAAGCCGGAUUCCUGCUCGAUCACUUCAUCGAUGGAGGAGAGAGGAAGUGUCAUAGCCUGCUGGAGACACUUCAGGAGCUCAGAGAGCACUACCCACAAGUUGACACAUGGCUGGAUUCACUUGAAAACAACUCGCAGAUCGUGGUUGUGAAAGAGGGGAUGAGAGAAAGAAUCACCAAGAGCCACGAGGAUCUGAAAAAGUGGAUUGCCAAGGACCCCUGCCUCCUGCUGGACGAGCUGGACAGCAAGUGGUACAUCCAGCGGCAUGUCUACAACACGGCCAGAGACAUCAAGGACAAGGGCGAGUGUGCCGCCUUCAUUCUCGAGCACUUCAUCAGUGGAGAUCAGGAAUAUCAGAAGCUGCUGGUAGCUCUGAAAGCCGUGCAUCUACAUUACGAUGAUGCACUACGUACUUGGCUAAGCUCCCUAGAACUCACAAGGGAAACCAACAGCACCAAUCCCCCAGAAAAUAAGGCAGCGAUUGUGAUUGUGGAGGAGGGAACGCGAGAGAGAAUGAUCACCAGCCGCGAAGAUCUAAAGCAGUGGAUCGCUAAGGACCCCUGGGUCCUGCUGGACGAGCUGGAUAGCAAGUGGUACAUACAGCGGCAUGUCUAUAACACGGCCAGAGACAUCAAGGACAAGGGCGAGUGUGCGGCCUUCAUUCUGAAGCACUUCAUCAGUGGAGAGGAGGAAUAUCAGAAGCUGCUGGUAGCUCUGACAGCCGUGCAGAAACACUACAAUCAGAGGCUACGCGAGUGGCUAACCUCGCUGGUGCUUCCAUUUUCACCAGAUACUCCAAUUUCGCAAGAUGGUCCUCUGGCAAAUCCAGCAAGUUAUCAUGAGGCUGCAUUUAUUUUUUAAUGACAAGGAAUCCUUGAAUAGCAUUACAAUUACCCACUCGUUCAUCACACCCCAGUGAAGACCCAAAGAUAGUUUCCAUGGCUGAUGAAACAUCAUAAUUGAUCUGCGCAGCCAUGAUCUGCGCACUUCUAGGUGAAGGACUUUACAAUCCAUAUCUACACCUCAUGGUCUCGCAAUACAACAACCCAUGAAGCUGAUGCUUACGAGUUGAUUUCAUCCUUCCGUCUCCACCAAUAACGUCGACCGCUGACUAUCAUAUCUUCCCACAAAGGGUCCAGUCCAAGCGUACUUUAGUUACCCUCUCUAGGGCGCUACGGUGGCUGGGAGAUGUACCUCGCCUUGUAUACAAGAGGUUGUGGGCUCGAUGGCGACCCUGACACCUGUGUAAAACUAAAAACUACUUUUUAUUUUACCAGCUAAGGUCCACUGAGCUAUUUAGCUCUUUUUUAGAAGCAACCUGCCUAUAAUGAAUGAUGGCCCAACGAAAUGGUUUAUCACAUAGAAAUUUACAGCAGCCAAAAACUCUAAAUGCAUGCUUCUAAAUGUGGAGGAGAGAGAAACAUGCUUGAAGUUUGUGU